AGUUACUUAGACAAGUUCGGCUCUUUGAUUCGGACAGUUGGUACAUCGUGACCAUCUCGUAUUGUCCAUCUCUUAGAAAUCGAUCUAUAGAUAAUGGCGGAUAAAGAGAAGAAGAAGAAGACUAAGAAGAAGGAAGAGGCGCCAGCACCCGAGCCCGAGCCAGCGCCAGAAGAAAAAGCACCAACUCCAACAGGUACACCAAAAGAUUCUGGUUCUGCUAGAGCAAGCAGCCGUGGCAGUCGCAAGGCUAAACGCAGCGGAUCCAGUGUAUUUUCCAUGUUCUCUCAGAAACAAGUAGCUGAAUUUAAGGAGGCAUUUCAACUAAUGGAUGCGGAUAAGGAUGGUAUUAUUGGUAAGAAUGAUCUUCGAGCAGCUUUCGAUUCUGUCGGUCGAUUAGCAACUGAUAAGGAGCUUGAGGAAAUGCUUAACGAAGCUGCUGCGCCUAUCAACUUCACUCAACUGAUAAAUUUAUUCGCCGUUCGUAUGUCAGGAUCAGGUGCUGAUGAUGACGAUGUUGUAAUCAAUGCCUUUAAGACAUUCGAUGAGAAUGGCAAAAUCGACGGCGAAAGGUUAAGGCACGCUUUAGUGACGUGGGGCGAUAAAUUCACACCAAAGGAGGUGAAUGACGCAUUUGAUCAAAUGUACAUCGAUGAUAAAGGCUUCAUUGAUACUCCGAGCUUAAUUGCCAUGUUGACCGGCACGGGCGAAGAAGAAGAAGAAUAAGAUCUAAAAUUGUAUCAUCAAGAAAAGAAUGUCCCUCAAUUGAAGUCUCAUAUUAAUGUUAUAUUCAUACAAAAUUUGCCUCAAAAGAGAACAGAUAUUUUAUA